AUGCAGGAGCACUUCACGCAGCAAGAGGCCGACUUGUCGCCCAUGGCCCAGAAGAAUGCAGCAGAGAAGCUCUCCGGAGCUAUGAUGUCGCUCGACGUUGGCGGCAAUGGCACAGCCAACCAGGCAUUCAAGUCAUCGCCUGCUUCUGACGCCAUGACUCUUGAGCACGAGCUCAACACCGCUACCAAGGACAGCGCCUCUGUCGACAAGGACUCUGACUGUCAGCGCAACACGGGCAAGUCCGCUAAGGAGAAGCUCGUCGACGAGGAGCGCAGCAAGAAAAAGCGUGCCAUGAAAAAGCUCGAGAACAAAGGUGUCUGUAUGGAGUCCAUUGGCAAGGAAGACGACAAAGACGUUGACGGCGACAACGCUGACGGCAAUUGUACCCUGGAAGAGCUGUUGGAGGAAGUUGAUGGGCUUCUGGAGGAUUUUCUUUACUUGAAGACACAAGAUCGGAUGACGCUGUCAGUCCACCCUGUCAUGCGGGCUGCCCUCAUGGAGGAAGAAGCAGCAAGAAGAGAGGAGGAACACAAGGACUGGAAUAUCAGACGCGUCUCCUUCCUCGCUCGCUGUGAGGCGUUCAUCAUCAGCAAGAGUAAUAUCACCCAGGAGGACAGCACCAAGGAGAACAAGGCUAUUGAUCUCCUGAAGGAGUAUCUUCCCCUCAAAAUCGCCGUCCUCUAG